CUGCUGGGACGCGGUAGCGUCACCUGCCGGAAACGCCCGAAUGCGCCUUCAGCUCGCGGUUUCUGGGAGGUUAAGUGAAGGCGACCGACAGAAAGGCCCAGGCCAGACGCCGGUAACGCCGAACCAUCCCUUCGCGCCCUCCUCCCAACGGACGUUCCCGAGCACACCACCUCCCAGAAGGCUUCGCGGCCUGAUUUAACUUCCGACCGGAAAGCUGUCUGCGUUUCCUGUGUGAGGAAGGGGAUGCACCAGGCCGGCGCUGAAGGCCCGGCUGGAAGAUGCCAACCUACCGUGCCUCGCAACCCUGAGACUGGCUGAGAACUGCAGUUACAGUCGUUUCGGGAGGGCCCUGGCAGGUCGCUGAGAGGAAUUGGCCGCGGGGCCGCGGGUGCAUCUCCGGACUACAUUUCCCAGAGGGCCCUGUGGCCCGUCGCUCUUCUCGCAGGAACGCGAACGUUUCGUCACGCCUGGCGGGACCGUUAGAUCCGUGAGGUGAGAGUCGAUCCGCCGCGGAGGAACUGAUUCAACUGUGCCUGUGCGACGCGAGGAGACCCAAAAGUUGAGGAACCCGGAGGCAGUUCCGCCCUUCUCUAGGUGCAGAAGAGAAGGAAAGAAUGCACAAUGAACUUCUACAAGCAAUGUCCAAGAGAGAGAAGGAGAGGAACAAGCUGGCUUGAUGCUGAACACAGAGUCUAAUGUGGGGCUCGAUCCCAUGAGAUCAUGACCUGAGCUGAAAUCAAGAGUCAGGGGUCAAUGAUGUUCAGGGAUGUAUCUGUAAACUUCUCUCAGGAGGAAUGGGAAUGCCUGGACUCUGGUCAGAUGAAUUUAUACAAAGAAGUGAUGUUGGAGAAUUUCAGCAACCUGGUUUCAGUGGGACUUUCCAAUUCUAAGCCAGCUGUGAUUUCCUUAUUGGAACAAGGAAAAGAGCCCUGGAUGGUUGAAAGAGAGCUGACAAGAGGCCUUUGUUCAGAUCUGGAAUCUAUGUGUGAGACCAAGAUAUUAUCUCUAAAGAAGAGACAUUUUAGUCAAGUAAUAUUUGCUCACGAAGACAUGCCCACUUUUAUUCAGCCCACAUUUCUUACUUCACAUCAAAAAACUCUUAAUGAAGAGAAACCCUGUGAAUGUAAGAUAUGUGGAAAGGCCUUUAAUCAGAACUCACAAUUUAUUCAACAUCAGAGAACUCAUUCUGCUGGAAAAAACUAUGAAUGUAAGGAGUGUGGGAAGUCCUUUAGUCGUGGCUCACUUGUUAUUCGACAUCAGAGGAUUCACACUGGUGAAAAACCCUAUGAAUGUAAGGAAUGCGGCAAGGCUUUUAGUUGUAGUUCAUAUUUUUCUCAACAUCAGAGGAUUCACACUGGUGAGAAGCCCUAUGAAUGUAAGGAAUGUGGAAAAGCCUUUAAUUAUUGCUCAAACCUCAAUGAUCAUCAGAGAAUUCACACUGGUGAGAAACCUUAUGAAUGUAAAGUAUGUGGAAAAGCCUUUACUAAGAGUUCACAACUUUUUCCACAUCUGAGAAUUCAUACUGGUGAGAAACCUUAUGAAUGUAAGGAAUGUGGGAAAGCCUUUACUCAACACUCAAGGCUUAUUCAGCAUCAGAGAAUGCAUACUGGUGAGAAACCUUAUGAAUGUAAAGAAUGUGGGAAGGCCUUUAGUAGUGCCUCAACACUUACUAAUCAUCACAGAAUUCAUGCAGGCAAGAAACUCUAUGAAUGUAAGGAAUGUGGAAAGGCCUUUAUUCAGAGCUCAGAACUUAUUCAACAUCAGAGAAUCCAUACAGAUGAAAAACCUUAUGAAUGUAAUGAAUGUGGGAGGGCUUUUAAUAAAGGCUCAAACCUUACUAGACAUCAAAGAAUUCACACUGGUGAGAAACCCUAUGACUGUAAAGAAUGUGGAAAGGCCUUUGGUAGUCGCUCUGACCUUAUUCGCCAUGAAGGAAUUCAUACUGGGUGAAAGAUAAACCCUGUUGAUAGUCUUUUAAUAAUAUCUUUAAAACAGGUAAUGAAAAAAUAAUAAAUAUAGUUGUUUUUUAGGCUACUAUAACAAAGUACCAAGUACCACAAAAUUGGGUGUCUUAAAACAAUAGAAAUCUAUUAUCUCAUAGUUUUGGAGCUUUGAAAUCCCAAAUUAAAGUUGUUGGUAAGGUUGGUUCCUUCUGAGGACUCUGAGGAUGAAUCUGAUCCAUGUCUUUCUCCUGGCUUCUGAUAACAUCAGUCUUUGACAUUCCUUGCUUGUAAAUCCAUCACUCCAAUCUCUGCCUGCAUUUUUACAUUGUAUUCUGUGUAUAUCUGUCCCUGUCUUGUAUAAGAGGAGACUCUUAUUUAGGACAUCAAUUAUAUUGGAUUAGGGCUCACACUGAUGACCUUAUCUUAACUUGAUUACAUCUGCAAAGACCUUAUUUCCACAUAGGAUCACAUUCACAGAUGCCAGAGGUUAAGGCUUGAACAUAUUAACCCAUAACACUGUUAACAUUGUUUUUCUAACAUAUUUGUAAUUUUCUUUUAUACAUAACUUGUUAAAUGUCCCUUACCUCCAAAAAAGAUUCUGUCCCAGACUAUUUCUUAAAUAAUUUUUUCCUCCUUAUUGUAUUACAUUACUUCUUGGUUAUAUAUUUGAGUUUAUAUUAGCUUUAUUUUAGGGCUGUCUUUUCUAUUGUUCUAACCCAUAGAUCUGUUUUUAUAGUACCAGUAUUGUAUAGUAAGUUACAUUACAUAGGCUAUCUUUCAAUUCCUGGCAGAAUUAUAACUUUGUUUUUAAAGGCAGUGCUACUCUUUUUUUUUUUCCUUUUGUAAAACUAUUGUUUUCAUUUUGUCAAAACAAAAAACAAACCACAUACACACACACAAAGAAGAAAGAUUAUUUGUAAGCCUACCAAAAAAAAAAAAAUUACUACUUUCAAAUUAUUACAACAUAUCCUUCCAGACUUUAUUUAGUGUAAUCAUGAUGUGCAUGCUGUACCAUAACCUGCUUCUAUCCUGCAGCUAUUUCAGUAAGUAUAGAUGUCUGUCAUUCUUCUUAAUGGUAUAAUUUUUCUAUGGUAGAUUAUCAUUUUGCUGUAUAUUACUGAAAAACUUUAUGAUACUGAAAAUUUGCAGUUAUAAAAGUUGCCUUCUAAACACAAAUGUAGUGCUUUUGUUUGUUUUUCUUUAAAAACAUUACAUUUCAAUGUCAAAUAACUGGUGAAAAAAAAAAACCGUGAUAUUUUCUCCUUGAAAAAUACUGCCAGUAGUUUCCUUGUUGUAGUCACUCUUAGCAGUUUGUUCUUUAUCCUUCCAGACCUUUUUUAAAAAUUACUUUUGCUUACAGAUUUGUGCACACACAACCAAAUACAUAAAUAUUUGCAACACUUGUAGAAAAGUUAGUACUGCUUUAUAAUUUUGUGUACGACUGUACAUACACUAAUGUGUUGGAUUGUUGUGAGGAUUAAAUGAGUUAAAUGUAAAGUGAGGGGUACUGGAGUGGCUCAAUUGGUUAAUAAGUCUCUGACUCUUUAUUUCGGCUCAGGUCAUGAUCUCAGGGUCAUGAGAUCAAGCUUGGUGUCAAGCUCCAUGGUGGGCGAGAAGCCUGCUUGGAUUUCUCUCUUCCUCUGUGCUAUCUCCCUCGUUUAAGCUCACUCUCUCAAAAGAAAAAUAAAAUGUUUGGUAUUUUUA